GUCGGGGCUCUUCAGACAGGCGGUCCCUCUUCCGGGACCCCUUCUUGGGCUGGGCCUCCUUCCUCUCCCGGGAAACCUUCCCUAAGCUCCCAAAUUGCCCAGCCCUGGGGAGCCAGGGCCCGGUUCCCACGCUGGGGAGGAGCGAGAGGAAAAGAGACGACGCCCGGAGGGCCGGCCCAGGGCCCGGGGGACCCGCGGCGCCCGAGGGAGGAGCACUUACUGGGGUGGGCGCAGGGCAGCGCCGCGCCUGCGGCCGCGCUCGCUGGGCCGGGCCGUGAGAACGCGCGGGGCGCGCGGGGGCCGCUGCUCUCCCACCGCCGGGGAGCCCGGGCCGCAGAGCCCUCCAGCCCGGUGCAGCGCCGCGGCCUCCCGCGCGCGGACAGGCGAGAGAGCGGGCGCAGCCUGGGAAUGCCUGCACCCGGGGGGCAGCGGGACUGGAGGUGGUGGCGGGUUUCAGGGCAACUUCACCCGGCGGGCUGCGGCUUGGUUGUACAAAAACUGGAUCCCAGCCAGACACAAUGGCUUGUCCCUGUAAUUCCAGCACUUUGCAAAGCCGAAGCGUGAGAAUUGCCUGAGCCCAGGAGUUAGAGACCGGCCUGGGCAACAUAACAUCCCAGUUACCAGUGUCCUUGAAUUGAUAGUGACUUCUGUUUGUCAGUCUCAUAUAAGAACUACAGCUCAUCAGGAGGAGAUCGCAGCAGGGUAAGAGACACCAACACCAUGUUCUGCACGAAGCUCAAGGAUCUCAAGAUCACAGGAGAGUGUCCUUUCUCCUUACUGGCACCAGGUCAAGUUCCUAAAGAGUCUUCAGAGGAGGCCGCAGGAAGCUCAGAGAUCUGCAGAGCAACUGUGCCCAUCUGUCAAGACAUUCCUGAGAAGAACAUACAAGAAAGUCUUCCUCAAAGAAAAACCAGUCGGAGCCGAGUCUAUCUUCAUACUUUGGCAGAGAGUAUUUGCAAACUGAUUUUCCCAGAGUUUGAACGGCUGAAUCUUGCACUUCAGAGAACAUUGGCAAAGCACAAGAUUAAAGAAAGCAGGAAAUAUUUGGAAAGAGAAGACUUUGAAAAAAUAAUUGCAGAACAAGCAGUUGCAGCAGGAGUUCCAGUGGAGAUCAUCAAAGAAUCUCUUGGUGAAGAGCUUUUUAAAAUAUGUUAUGAGGAAGAUGAAAACAUCCUAGGAGUGGUUGGAGGCACCCUGAAAGAUUUUUUAAACAGCUUUAGUACCCUUCUGAAACAGAGCAGCCAUUGCCAAGAAGCAGGAAAAAGGGGCAGGCUUGAGGAUGCCUCCAUUCUGUGCCUGGAUAAGGAGGACAAUUUUUUACAUGUUUACUACUUCUUCCCUAAGAGAACCACAUCCCUGCUUCUUCCCGGCAUCAUAAAGGCAGCUGCUCAUGUAUUAUAUGAAACUGAAGUAGAAGUGUCAUUAAUGCCUCCCUGCUUCCAUAAUGAUUGCAGCGAGUUUGUGAAUCAGCCCUAUUUGUUGUACUACGUUCAUGUGAAAAGCACCAAACCAUCCCUGUCCCCGAGCAAACCCCAGUCCUCGCUGGUGAUUCCCACAUCGCUCUUCUGCAAGACAUUUCCAUUCCAUUUCAUGUUUGACAAAGAUAUGACAAUUCUGCAAUUUGGCAAUGGCAUUAGAAGGCUGAUGAACAGGAGAGACUUUCAAGGAAAGCCUAACUUUGAAGAAUUCUUUGAAAUUCUGACUCCAAAAAUCAACCAGACGUUUAGCGGGAUCAUGACUAUGUUGAAUAUGCAGUUUGUUGUGCGAGUGAGGAGAUGGGACAACUCUGUGAAGAAAUCUUCAAGGGUUAUGGACCUCAAAGGCCAAAUGAUCUACAUUGUUGAAUCCAGUGCAAUCUUGUUUUUGGGUUCACCCUGUGUGGACAGAUUAGAAGAUUUUACAGGCCGAGGGCUCUACCUCUCAGACAUCCCAAUUCACAAUGCACUGAGGGAUGUGGUCUUGAUAGGGGAACAAGCCCGAGCUCAAGAUGGCCUGAAGAAGAGGCUGGGGAAGCUGAAGGCCACUCUUGAGCAAGCCCACCAAGCCCUGGAAGAGGAGAAGAAAAAGACAGUAGAUCUUUUGUGCUCCAUAUUUCCCUGUGAGGUUGCUCAGCAGCUAUGGCAAGGGCAAGUUGUGCAAGCCAAGAAGUUCAGUAAUGUCACCAUGCUCUUCUCAGACAUCGUUGGGUUCACUGCCAUCUGCUCCCAGUGCUCACCACUGCAGGUCAUCACCAUGCUCAAUGCACUCUACACUCUCUUUGACCAGCAGUGUGGAGAGCUGGAUGUCUACAAGGUGGAGACCAUUGGCGAUGCCUAUUGUGUAGCUGGGGGAUUACACAAAGAGAGUGAUACUCAUGCUGUUCAGAUAGCACUGAUGGCCUUGAAGAUGAUGGAACUCUCUGAUGAAGUUAUGUCUCCCCAUGGAGAACCUAUCAAGAUGCGAAUUGGACUGCAUUCUGGAUCAGUUUUUGCGGGCGUUGUUGGAGUUAAAAUGCCUCGUUACUGUCUUUUUGGAAACAAUGUCACUCUGGCUAACAAAUUUGAGUCCUGCAGUGUACCACGAAAAAUCAAUGUCAGUCCAACAACGUACAGAUUACUCAAAGACUGCCCUGGUUUUGUGUUUACCCCUCGAUCAAGGGAGGAACUUCCACCAAACUUCCCCAGUGAAAUUCCCGGAAUCUGCCAUUUUCUGGAUGCUUACCAACAAGGAACAAACUCAAAACCAUCAUUCCAAAAGAAAAAUGUGGAAGAUGGCAAUGCCAAUUUUUUAGGCAAAGCGUCGGGAAUAGAUUAGCAACCUAUAUGCCUAUUUAUAAGUCUUUGGGGUUUGACUCAUUGAAGAUGUGUAGACCCUCUGAAAGCACUUUAGGAUUGUAGAUGGCUAACGAGCAGUAUUAAAAUUUCAGGAGCCAACUCACAAUGUACUCUUUCUGUCAUUUAACUUAACAAAAUGUGAUCAGUUCAGUACUUCAGCUCUUCUGUUAAAAAGGAAAAAAGAAAGAAAGAAAGCUUAAGAAGUUACUUUUUGGGCAGUAUUUCUUUAUAUAUAACCAUCACUUAUUACCUGUACUCAAAAUUCAGCAUCUUGUACAUAUAUAAGAUAAUUGUAGUCAAUUAUACAAACUGAUGGAGUCACCCGCAAUCUGAAAUCCUGGUGAAAUGCCAUGCGUAUUAAAGUGUGUUUGUGAUAGUGUUGUCUUAAAAAAGGAUUUUGAUUAGAAAUUACAUUUUGACACCGUAAGUUCUUUCAAACUUUCAACUCUGCGUUUUAUUGCACUUUCUCAUUUAACUACCAGCAUAUGUUUGAAUAUACGGUGACCUUUCUAUCUCUAUUGCAUUUUCUUCUUUUUUUCUUUUUAGAAAAUAAGCAAUUAGGGGUUAGAUGCAAUAUGAAUAUAAAAUAGUUCUGUAAAUAUCAAAUAUUAUUUUUAGUUCUUGAAGUUACAAAUACUCUCCAUAGUAAUGUGUGUUAUAACAAUAAAUAUUUCUUUCGUUUGACUCUUAAAAAUUCUACAAUGGUAAAGGCUAUUUUAACUCAUAUUAGUUAUUUAAUUCCUAUUAAUUCAUUUUACUAUCAUGAUAGCUAAGUAUUCAAGAUAAAAGAGGUUUAUGUCUUGUAUUAAAGUGCAGCAGUAUAACUCUAAUCUAAUUUAGCUGAAAGCAACAUGGGAAUAAAGUAAUGGUCCAGAGGACUCACCAUAAAGUACAUUGGUAAAACAUCCACACAUGUACACAUACAUGGAGGCACACUUGGAGCAAUGUGGACCUACUUAGGCAGACAUCGUCUGUUGCCAUGAUGAGCCAUUUACAGUUUUAAGAAGAAAAUCUAAGUAUGGAACUAGAAAUAAGUCUUGUUCUUUUGUGGAUAUCUCAUUUUUCAUGAGUAUUUGGGAUGAACAUUUUGGUGUAUUUUUAUGCACUAAGAAUCAAGUUUUUGUCUCAUUAAAUAUACAUAUAAUAAGUAUUUUUUAUUCUAUUUGAAAUAUCUUGAUUAUUUAAAGACACUCAGUAUUGAUAAAGCAAAUAAGGCAGUGACUAUGUUAUGGAAAUUUCUGAUAUUUUUUUCCAGAGCUUCACCUUCUUUCUUUGGUUUUACUUAAACCUUUAAGCAGAUAUGAUCUUUUAAUUUUAAUUAUGUCAGUUGAAGUUUUCUGGUGAACUAAAAUAUUUACAUUUUGAUUGAGGAUAAGGAUUUGAUUUUUAAAAGCUCAAAUUUAAAGUAAGAAAAAAAUGAAUGUUAAACAGUUUUAAAAUCAAUAUUAGCAGAGCCAUAGAUAUGCUAAACUCUUAAUUUGGGCUCUGAGAAAUAACUCAGUUUAAAAAUUCUUCAAUUGCCUUCAUUUGUGCCCAGGCUUCCCCACCGUGACACCAGGAAUAGUUAUUACUGAUGGGCCUCUAGUAUUCCAAGGGUACUUCUAUAGAUAAUACAAUAAUGUUGUUUACUAAGUGAUAACCCAGUGUCUUACAGGACUGACUUUGACUCAAUGAACACUCACCCUAUUAUUGGAAAGUACCAUAGGUCUUGAGAAAGUAUAGUUAUAACCUCACAAAUAUAUGAAGUUAAAUCACUACUUACAAGGAAAAUAAAAAUGUAAAUACAUUUUCCUUUCUGGGACCGAACUCUUAUGGGAAAAUAAUAGAAAUAAAGAAAAUGUAAUAGCAUAACAUGGAAUGCAGUCUUAAUCAAACAUUUCAGCAGACCUCAAUUUGCUAAUAAUUUGUACUCAAAAAGUUUAUAAUUCAAUUAGAAUUCAGAAAGUAUUUUCUGUGUUUGUGAUGGAUUAGCAUAUAUACAAAACAAAUGUGGGGAAAUGUAUAUAAUCUUGAUGAAAAGUGUGUGGGAGUUUCUUGUACUAUUCAUGCAUCUUUUCUAUAAAUUUGGCAUUUUAUCUAAAUAAAAAGCACCAAAAAAUACUUUCACGGAGAAAUUAAAUCAUCUGCGAUAGGUUCCCCAGACCAGCCUACAAAGGCCCAUUAAAUAUAGAAUAAUCUGUGGAUCUUAAAGAAGAUGAACAAACAUUUCCAUGACAGAGUACAUAUGAAAUUCACAAUUUAGAUGCUAAAACAUUAAAGGAAUUUCUUUUUUCUCUGUCUUAUCUGCUUUGAAGCUUAGAGAUUAGGGAGACACUUUUCAGAUCCAGACCAAUGAUGGUAGCCAGAGUUGAGACCCUGGAGCAUAGAUUCUUAAAAUAAAUAAGGACAAAGUCAGAGCUUGUGAGGUAUUGGGUUUUUUUCUAUAAAUUUGGAAAAAAAAGUGGAAAAACAGGGCCUGUAAUCAGGUUGGGAACUAUGGGUACUGACUUAUGUUGCCAUUUAACUAUCCCAAAAAUAAGAUUGGGUCUCAAGACUGCUUCCCUAACAGACUGUUUCUCCUGAAAAUCCAGGGGCUGUUCCUUCUGUUCUGAUUAUAUAGUUUCCAUUCGUGGCUUCUUGUCCUGUUAUUUUUUUGUGUGUCAAGUGCCUUAUAUAAAUUAGCCCCUUAAACAUAUUUCUCAAGCAAGCACGGAGUUAUAUUGAAGUUUUCUAAAGAUACUUUGCAUCAAGAAGCAAAGAGAAAUACAAAUUAAAAUGUUUCUUCCUAUUUUGCUUUGCCUUUCUAUAUCUAUUUAGACUUAGUAAGAAAAUGCAAAGUGUAUAUUUAAGAAAACCUAAAUAUAAAUAGAUUCAUUUACUCAUUUUCAUUUAUUCAUUCAUCAAGAAUUAUUGAAUGCCUACUAUGUGCCAGGAAUAUUGCUGUAUUUUUGAAAUUUAAGGAUAAAGUAUGGCCCAAUCAAUCAAGAAAGGAAAGUGAAAGACAAAUAUAAGACAUAACAUGGCCGGACGCGGUGGCUCACCCCUGUAAUCCCAGCACUUUGGAAGGCGAGGUGGGUGGAUCAGGAGGUCAAGAGAUCGAGACCAUCCUGGUCAACAUGGUGAAACCCCGUCUCUACUAAAAAUACAAAAAUUAGCUGGGCACGGUGGUGCAUGCCUGUAAUCCCAGCUACUCAGGAGGCUGAGGCAGGAGAAUUGGCUGAACCCAGGAGACGUAGGUUGCGGUGAGCCGAGAUCGCGCCAUUGCACUCCAGCCUGGGUAACAAGAACGAAACUCCGUUUCAAAAAAAGACAUAAUAACACAUUCUGUGUGAGCACAAAGUAGGGGACUCAGUGCUUAGAGAAGUCUUUGGUCUUAGAGUUCAUCAAGCAGAGAAGAAGAAGGCAUGGUCUAGGCAGAUAAAUUACCACACACAAAGAGAUGGGGUCUUGGGGGUGCUAGCACGUUCUGGACAGUCAGUUGCCUGGAAUGAGUUGGGAGUGGGUAGAAUAAGGACGAAAGACCAUCUGGACAAAAAUCACCAAAGAUUAUGUGUGUCAUGUAGAGGUGUGCCAUGAUAGUUAUUAAUAUUACUAUUGUAACCCUAAUAUAUAGUAAUAACUAUACAUGACACAGCUUUACAUGACCUUAAAUAGUUAUCAACAUUAUUACCAUAAUAGUGAUAUUAACUAUAAUAAGAGCUAUUAUUCACUUGAGGCACUUUUUCAAAAUAGAUCUUACAAAAGAAACAAAAAGAAGCAGCAAAAUGAGAAAAAUUAGAUCUAUAUUGGCUUCUGUUUCCCUUUCCAACAGUUUUAAAGCUACUAGAUAGGAGAGGGAUCAAGUCUUCAGGGAAGAGAAUGGUAUGAUCAGAUGUGUUUUCCAAAGACUAUCAGAAAUAGGAUAGUUUUCAAGACCUGGGAAAUAUUUUUGUCCAUGGAUAAGGAUAGAUAGGAUGGGUAUUUACUUGCACAGGUGACUAAAGCAACAUCUGUUUAUGGCUCAAGGGAAAAUGAUUUAUUUUAUAUCCUGGAUAUUUUGCCACAGCAUAAGCAAAAAGCUGGGAUGUCUGGCCUUGGAAUUUUCUAUCACUCUCAAGGCUAUUAGUCUUUCAGAGCCUUUGGUAGGGAGGGAAGAAGAGUUGCCUCAGCAUUUUAACUAACCUGUCUACCAAAUUUCUUCUUCCUGAUAUUUCCAGCCACAGCACGACAAAGACUUCCCAGUCCUGUCCCAGAUUAGGUUAGAAGAAGGAAUGGGAUGGAAGGGGGUGGUUGUGUGUGGUAGGCCUCACAAAUGAAAGAGAUGAAUAAACAAGAGUGUCUAGUCCAAGUGGUGUCUGAGAAAUAGACAUCAGUUCUCAGAGAUUACCCAGCUGGAAAACUGCCCAGAGGGAGCUUUACAUGCAAAGCCCCAGUGAAGUCUAGUGCCGUAGAAUUAUUUAAAUCCACCGCCAAGCCCCUGUUGAUGCAAAUGUUAGUAGCCCCAAGCUGAACGGGUUAAUGAACUACUGCAGUAGUGUUAGGUGCAUGGGUUUGACCUACAUAAAUCAUUAUUAAUAAGUAAAAUGGAAUCUUUGACACAUAUUUGUGGAGAAGCUUGUUUGAUCACUACCUUUCACUGAAGAGUAAAACAUAGAUCAUUGAUGUCACCUCAUUUUGCACUUUGAUGCUAUUUCACUCUUCAGGUGGUUGUACUUGGACAGUUUAAUGAAGGCCGACUUUAAGGGUGCAGAGAUGGAGAACGUGGCAUGUGUGAGAGGUGGGAGGGCAGAGACGCCUUGCAGUUCCUGUGAGGAGGGACUUACUGUCUCCUCUGAAACAGAAAUUCAGGGCUGCAGAGACGGUAGGAAAGUGUAGUUCUCUUGUCAAAACACAGGCUAAAAGCAGGGACUGCCUAACUUACUAAGCAGAGAAAACCAAAUGUCAUUUUCAACCAAAAUUUACAAACAUUAGAGUUUAUGGUCUUCGUUAGGAUACUUUUCAAGACCUGGGAAAUAUUUGUAUCCUUUGGUGAGAAGAAGGAUCAAUUACUAAAGCCGUAAGAUUUCAGUAACAAAGGCAAUUAGUCCUUUGUCAUCUGUGUUGAGUUUGGUUUUCUUCUGUUCUUAGCAUGUCAGCUACUAGAUCUUUGAUGAACUGUUGCUCUCCUUUAAAUGUUUCUUUUAUUAUAUUGAUGAUAUGCACUCAUUCGGUAUUCUUAUUUCAAGCCAAGUUAAGCGCUUUACAUUUUAUUGCCAUCUGUAUCUCCCUCUAAGCAGCCUGGCUCAUAGCAGCCACACCUGCAUCUGUUUUGACUAGCCUGCAUAACCCACACAUUUUUCAUUCAAAACUAUCCUAUUACCUUCUUAUUUAUGUGCAUUUCUUUUCAUAUACAGUGUCUGCCAAAAUAGUAGCAAAUGCUUUAUCAAUGUAUAGAUUUCAAUUAAAAAAAAAAAACUAAGCAAAAGGAAAAAAAUGUAAUAUUCCAAAAGCCGCACUUCUUUUAUCACCAGUACACUUUUUUCCAUCAUCAUAAACUUAGUUUCAUGAACAUGUUAAUAUCUUUGAUUUAAACGUUGGGGUAGAAAUCAGGACAAAAUUUAAAUGGCAUCUCCAGGACUUAAUCUCAGAUAUUCUGGUUGAAGAUAGAUAAGGUUGUGGCUGCCUUUCAAGUUUUUUAAAUUUUUUAAAUUAUAUAAUGUCAGAAAAUUAAAUCACAAAUGAGCCUUCCAGAUUGUGAGGAAAAUUACUUGGCUGAAAAUGACUUUGCAUAAUGUCCAAAUCUUAAAGUAUCUGCUCAGAUGUUUGUUUCAUCUGAAAUGCUGCCAAAUCCAUCUGUAUUGAGGAAAGCACUAUGAGGUAGUUUCAGAGAAAGCGAAAACAAAACACAGCAAAACAAAAAUGCUAUCACAGAAAUUGGACAGCCCAAUGUGUUAAGUAUUACAUACCUGGUACAAAAGCAGAAAAACUGAAGCUCUCUGGGAAGUUAUGGCAAUAGCGGUCUAGGAAUUCUGGGCCUUUAGAAAUUAUAAUUCCCAGUGAUGCAGGGAUGUGCAGCACCAGACACUGUUUAAUCACAAUGAGCUGCCAUCUUGCCUCAUUAAAUUGUAUCUUACAACAUAGAAGUGAAUGAAAAUAUAUUAGGAUUUGGGAAUGUACUAUUCCUUGACCUCCUUGCACAUAUAAAUUAAAGAUGUUCUGGAAAAUAUGAGGACUUGAUAUUCACUGCCCUGGAGCACUUUUCUCCAACCUUUUAGAUUCCUGCACUCUAUUAGUAAAAUAUUGUAGUACAACAACUCUAUAGACUGAUACAUGCUGCUCUCAAUCCAUAUACUGCAUAUUAGGACAGCUUUUCUAAAUGAGCAUGAAUAUAAAUGGAAAUUCUAGUAUUUUAUUCACCUACCACAGUGAAUCAUCUUUAUAUUUUACUUUGUAAACUGCUAUAGUUGGCCAGUGAGUCUUCACUUUUAAUGAGUCACAUGUCACUUUGAGAGCUGGAUAAAUCAUAAAAGACAUAAACUAGCAGCCUUCCAAAAAUGUGCAUAUGAACCCACUCCAGACACAUAUACUUCCAGAGCUUGGGGAAACUCUAUAGAAUGUACUCUUCAGCCACCCUAGUGACGUACCAUAGACCAUAUUGUCUAGAUGGGACAAAAUAAUAAAUUUUGACUAAGAAUUUAUUGUUUAGAGAGAGAAAAUAGUAAAUGAUGUUUGAAAUAAGAACACAAUAAAUAACAGACAAGUCUGUGACUUUUGGUUUAGAUGAGACCACUUUUGAUUUUGAGGAAUGAAAGGAGUUAGGUUUUUGGUCCUGAUGUAUAAAAUGAUUCAUGAAGUUUCACAUACAGACAGUAGUUUUAUUUUCAGCAGAUAUUUACCAUAUCUCUCAAUGAAUUUUUUGCCAAUUUUUGGUAAAUAUGCAUUGCUAUAGAUAUACCAACUUUUUUGGUUAUGUUUAGUAACUAAUUUCAUUUUUUCUCUCGAUGUAAGUAUAGCUAUUAGACCUUGCAUUGAAAGCCUUCUUUGUGCCAACAAUCGUCCUUUUAUUAUUACCUUCAUAGUUGCUUUAAAUGACACAUUUAUUUCGAGUUCUACUUCCGGCAGAGUUGCAAAGUCUAUCAGAAUGUUACCUCCUGUCUCAGAAGCUUAUUAGAUAUUGCUGCCACCUAAAUAUUGUAAUAAAAGUGUUUAAAUAAAAAUCUUCUUAACAUUUAAAA